AUGGAUGAUGAAAUGAGUGAAUAUCUCAAUAAGAUGCAAAUUAAAGAGACAUCAGAACUGUAUGUUCGAUGUAGUACAGUAUGUUUUGAUCGGUGUGUUAAUAAUUUCACUGCACGCAAAUUGAAUGAGAAAGAGACUGAAUGUGUUGAUAAGUGUACAGAAAAAUUCGCCAAAAUGAACCAACGUUUAACACUUAGACUAUUUGAGUUGAACCGUGAAGAAUUGGUCAAGCACUGA